AAGGCAACAGGAAGGGGCUGGGCUCAAUGUGUCCGUUUGGAAGCGGCGGGAGCCCCGGUUGGCGGUGCUGCUGUUACCAUGGCAACAGCCGGUGCUUCCCGAAACUUGACGCCUGUGCCGUGAGCUGUUAAUAGAAGUGGAAGAGACGUCUGGUGUGAGCAAGAGUUAUUCUGAUAGCUUCACUGCUGGUGACAUUCUCAUCCGCUCCACCAGCUUCCCCAUGAAAAAGAAGCCCAUUGACCCUCGGACAGCUGUGUCCGCUGACAGCAAGCCUGCUGCUUGCACCAAGAAAAGGAUACGCAUUUCUGUGAAGAAGCUUCGGGAAGUGCCUCCACCCCGUCAUCCAGAAUGUGCUGUGUUGACGGUUGAUGGUGCAGCUGAUAUUCCACCAGCAUUGUUGGCCAACAAACCUGCAUCUCAUAAGCCAACAGUAGCAACCUCUGGAGGUGGAACGGAGGGCGUUGUAAGCAGGUAUACCGGUAGACAUUCGGAACUACUGUCAACUGAAAAAGAUAGCGAGCCCUCACAGUUACCUCCAGAGCAGGCUUAUGCACACGACGCUGGAGUACACAUUCCUUCACAAGGAAAAGAGGAUGGCAGCAAACAAAAAGCUGACAUGCUUAUUUCCCAGUAUGAUACUGGGCAGAAGGAGGCUGUAAGAGCUGUAUUCAAGCAGAGAAUUCAGAAUGUUCCUGUAUUUAAAGAGGUGAAGGUCCAACUGCUGGAUGAUGUAUGCUCUGACAAAAAGGACAGUACCAAGUCAACACAAAGCGAGAUAGAGUCAGCCACAACUAUCGCAGCUGCCACAGCAGCAGCUAUUGCUUCUACAGCCCCUCUUUUCAAAGUCCAGAGCGACUUGGAAGCAAAAGUGAGCUCUGUGUCCGAAAUGCUUACCAAGUUGCAGGAGACAGACAAACAGCUGCAGCGCGUUGCAGACCAGCAAGCCAUCUCGAAGGCUCAACAGCUUGAGGGGGCCCCUGGCCAUCAGAGAGUCGGCGAACUUGAAAAGCAGAUGAAUCUCUUCAUGGAAAAGCGAAUUCAGCAUCUGGAAAAUUUGCAGCGGCAGCAAAUGAAUAUUCAGUCCCGUUUGAUUAGCUCUGCACUGACCUCUGGGGGCUUCCAAGAUGCCAACACAGCAGCUUCCAAAAGAACGGCAACACGUGCCAUGAAUGCAGGGAAGCCUCUUACUGACCCUAUCUCUGCUCACCAGCAUGGGUUUUUUUCUUCCAACACCAUACCUGCACAAGCAUGUUCCCGGAAACAUGAAAGCCGCGGUAUUAGUUCGCAGAAGACACCAGCACCACGCAGAUAUGCUCCUGUGCCGGUAUCUAAAGAUACUAAAAUCUCACAGAAACUGGCAAAGAGAGAACAACCGGUUGGAGAAAAAGAAAAUGUGCAACAGUCAACUUGUGGAAGAACUUGGGGUGGAGGGAGACUUCUAGAGCACAUCCUGAAUUCUCAAGAAACCCCAUUAAGCCAGAGUACAUCUUCUUGGAAGGACCCAAGAAGUGACAAUGUGAUGCCGUGGUGUUUUGGAAGAGAGAAUAGCAGAUCGAACAUUCAGCAGACUGAGCCCUUUCCUGCGUCUAAAAGCACACUUCAAGAUCACAAUCCAGUUGAGAGAACAGUUAAGAAAGCAGAUGCUGUGCUUCAUGAUCUCGGGCAACUGAAACGGGACAUGCAUGACAUCCUGCAGGAUGCAAAGGAGUGGAAGUCGGACAUGAAUAGUAUUAUGAAGGCAACCUCGCACAUCAGAGACAUCACCCGACAGAAGGAUCGCCUGCCUCCAUAUCGGCCUGCCUGUUCGCUAUGGCCAUCUUCAUCGGAGCAAAAAUACCCUGUUGCCCCAAGCCUUCCUGAACUCCAGGAGCUUUCGAAGUCAGCCAUUCUUCAGUCAACCAUGGCUUCCAAAUCCAUACUGAGGGAUGCUGAAAAGAUCCUGAGAGCAGUGCGCAAGAACAAGAAGCUCCUUGAAGAAAACCUGGAAGCCAUUAUCCGUGCCAAGGAUGGCAAUGCACUGCACGCCUUCAUUGAUGAGUUGACAGCAGACAGAGAUGUCCUAGAGGAGAUACGAAUCAGAAAGUCUGUAGAUGAGUGGAUUAAGACAAUCAGCAUGGAAAUCCAGGAUGAAAUGGCAAGGAAUGAUGUCUUCGAGGCACAACGGGCUGUCAAGACAAUGAAAGCCAGCAGAGAAGCACAUGCAAAAUCUCAGUACCCCACGGGAAUCCCAACUAAAAGGCAUCUGCCUGCAGCAAAGCCCACUCCAGUGCUAGCAGAUAAGGGGCCUCUGAAAAGAUGGAUGGGGGCACGAAAUGAAGAUUAUCUCUCUCAGAUAUACGGCCGGCCGAUUUACCAGGGUCACAGGAGCACACUUAAGAAAUCCCCGUACCUGAGGUUCAACUCGCCUUCUCCCAAAUCAAAGCCUCCAAGACCUAAACUGAUAGAGAGUGUCAAGGGUACGAAAGUGAAAUCGGCAAGGACGCAGACUGGUCCCUACAUGCGCAGCAGUCCUAGGAAGCCACCUCCAGGAUCUGCUUCUCAUCAGGAGCUCCAGUAUCUCUUCAGCCCCACCAGAGAGACCUCCGAACUCUCAUGUGCUGUUGAAGGGCACCUCAUCCCAAUGGCUAUUCCAUUAGGUCAAAAACAAAUCAACAGCAGCUCUUCUCAGCCUACAGGAAUAAGCAUAGGUGAAUUUCACCCUCUUACUGUGGCAUCCUCUGUUCCUCCUGCUUCCCUGAAACCGCAGCCAAAGGUAAAGAAGCCCAACAUUGGCGUAAUAGAGAUGAAAUCGGAGAAAAAAGACCCUCCCAAACUGACUGUACAGGUGCUGCCUAAUGUUGACAUUGACAGUAUUUCAAGCGACAGCACCAGCGUCAACCAGAUUUCCUUUCCAAAGGAGGUGAUACAGGCUACUGCAGAAAGCAGUCUGUCCCAGGACGAUGAAGAACUGAAACUGCCUGGUGCCGACUUCAUCGAUGUUACUGGUGCCAGUCAGGACGAAGGAGACGAUGAUGUCCCGGAAUUCUCUGAGCCGGUCCUACAUUUCGACAGACAAGGAGAAACCGCUUCUCCAAAAUACAGUGGCCCUCCUUUUCCACCUGCUGCUCCUCAGCCCACAGCAGACAUUCUGGAUGAGAUCAUAGAAAAACGGGAGACCCUGGAAAACAAGCUGGUUGGCUGGGUGGAGCAGGAAGUAAUGGCACGAAUCAUCAGUGGGAUGUAUCCACCCCAGAAAGAAGCGGUGCCCAACAUAAGCUCCUCAGAGAGCGAGGCCAACCAAGAUAUAUCCUCAGACAUCGUUGAAGCAGCAGGUACUGGGGGGUUUCAGCUGUUUGUCGAUGCCGGUCUCCCAGUGGAUUCGGACAUUAUUAGACAAUUUGUGAAUGAAGCUCUUGCUGAGACAGUUGCCGUCAUGCUGGGUGACAGCGAAAGCCAACAGGCAGCCUCUGCUGCUGUUGUUCCUCAAACCACAGCACCCUUGCCAGAAAAGGAAACAAUACUGUCUACUCCACUAGCCACACCAGAAGCCACACCUCCUCCAUCCCCUCCUCCUCCAAAAGAACCAUCUCCAGUAAAAACCCCAGAGUCCUCUCUGUCUGUAACGGAAAUUGAUGGAGAUACUGAUCUGAGGCAGCUAACAGCAGCAGGAUCCAAGGCUGGAGCCGCCAUCAGCCCAGUGGCUACCCCUGUGGUCACCCCUGUGGCUUCACCACCCAGAGUAGCCACACCGAGCCCUCCUGUAUCCGAGCAUGUCCCAGGCAGAGGAGUGGUGGAAAGGCAGGCACCUCCGAACCCCUGGGGAGAUGCAGAGCUUCCUCUGGAAGAAGAGAAGCCCAGCCUGCAGAGUGAAGAAGAAGGGAGCUAUCACCCCGCAGCUCUCAUAAUGUCUGUGGCCAAACACGAAGAGCCGGACACUUUGGUCUUGCCAGCUCCUGAGCUAACUGAGCCCCACGAACCACCCCUGCAGGAGCCCAGGGCUCCAUCUCCUUCCUUGCACACCCCCAGUUCUGGCCUUUCCACAGAGGAGAGCAGUCUGACCGCCACGGAAACUGAGACUAUGGGAAGGCCAAUCUCAGAAGGAGAAAUUCUGUACAGUUACGGACAGCUGCUGGCUGCAAAAGCUUUUGCAGAAGGAGGACUGUCUCUUCCAAAUCUAAGUGACAGUAUGGCCAGCACUCUUCAUGAUGCCCAUGAGAUGGAUUUUGAUCCUCCAAGCGAAGGGCAAGUGUUACAGAGACCUCACAGAGGAUACCACAAGGACCCAGUCCUCUCCCUUUUCUCAAGAGUAAACCAAGCACCACUUGCUUCCCAGGAAGAGAUCUGUCGGAGUGAGAACACAAGUGACAGUGCUGGGGAAUUGAGCGAGGGGCAGCGGCCGAAGCUGACGGAAGCUGCAGAAAGCAUCCUGAUGGGACGUUGCACUUACAUGAAGCAGCCUAGCACCCGGGUUUCUAAAAAGUCACCUCAAUGCGCAACAUCUCCGGGACAAUAUGACAAGGUUGCAGGAGAAGCUAUUGGAGGCGCUGCUGCUACUUGCGGGCCAAUGACCAUGGCUGAGCUGGAUCGACCAGUUUCUCCAACAGCACAGGGAGACAGCAAUUUGGCACCGCACUUGGAUGGCACAUCCCAGAAAGAGCUUCAAGAGGCACAGCAGGCAGCACCCAUGAAAUCCAGAAUCAUCUGUGUGAAACCGAAAUCCAAAGUCGCACAAGAGCCAGGGGGAGAAACGGCACCUGAUUUAAGUUUCCUGCCUGCGCCAGCAAAGAUGUCUACGAUUGUACCAUCUGCCAGUAUAGACGACCAGAGCUUCAGUUCUGUCCAUGGCAGUGCAGAUUCGUCGGGCGCAGAUACGUUUUGAGAUGUGCGUGUGCAUUUGUGACACAGGCGCAUGAGCUGGGAAAGGGGAGCGUUGGCAGCUGUUUGUGCAGAAACAAUAUACGGUGCAGAAAUGGCACCAACCACAUGUUUUGACAUCGAAUUAAUUGGCUUGCCUUUCGUCACCAGAAACUUUUUAUAUGUGUGUGUUUCUUACAUGUGAAUAUGUACACUAUUUCUUUAACAAAUUAAAUAUUUUAUUUUU